GCGCUGAGCAGGCCGGACCGCCCUUUAACGCGAAGAAUUGGCCCAGACUGGCUGUUCCACCAGUGUGCAGUUUUCCUGUAGCACACCUCGCGCCACUUUUUGGGAAGAUCCUUUGAGCGGCAAAAGUCCAGUUGCUUCCCCGACCACUCCGCUCCGCCCAGGGCCCUGCCACGGGAUCUUGCGCCAAUUUGCGGCUCCAGAGAUUCGGGGAGAGGGCCGCUUUCGGUGGCGGAACGCCCGACGGCAGGCACGGAGACCUCCGGCGGGGGGACCGCCGCACCGCCAUGGCGGCGGUGGCCAAGCGUCCCCCGCUGACGGUGUCGCUGUUGUGGCGGGCGCUGCUGCGGGCGACAUCCUCGAAGACGGUGUGGGCCAUGCUGGCGGGGGGCGCCAUGGCAAUGCUGAUCAGGUACCUGCAGGACAUGCUUCGGCGGUUCCAGCAGCAGGAGGCUGAGUCGCUGUGGCGAAGGCACGUGGACCUUGGCGUGGUCCAGGCGUGCCUCUUGACCACGGAGCACCUCAAAUCCUUAGGCCGCGUGGAGAAGCGCACGCUCUUCGUGAAGCCCAUCGCGGAGGUCUUCCGGAACGAGUACGUCUUGGCCAACGUGCUGCGAACGGCCGAGAAGGCUGUGGCCAAGAACGAGCCUUUCCUGGUGACCCACAUGAGCCAGGAAGACAAGUGGCACGUGCUCACGACGUGUACCAAUCACCUGAGCUCGUGCUUCGCCCCAUACCACGUCUUUUUCAACGAGGCCCGGCGGGUAGAGUCCUACUACCAGUCGGCCUGGUACGUGUUCACCCUGACCUGCGCCCAGACGGAGGCGUCGGGUCGGUGGUUCAUUACGCCCCUGAAGCCAGUGGGCAAGAACGACGUGGGCAUGCUGCGGAUACGGAUCCUGAUGAUGAACGAGCAGGAGCUACGAGACAUCUCGUCUGGGGCGAUCGAGCCCCCGAGCUUCGGGUUCUUCAACGGCCGCCACGAGAGCCGGUGGACCACCUGCCAGCGCUUCGCCGAGCUCUUCGGGCGCCAGCUCACGCGGGUGGCGGGCACCGACGACGUGGGGGGCGCCGAGUGGGGGCCCAACCUCUGCGGCCGCCUCUCGAAUUCCAAGAAGAAGGGCUCCAACCCCUUACUGUCCUCGAUGGGCUCCGGGCCGCCGGAGCCGGAGGAGAACUGCAUCCUGCGGAUCCACGUGCCCUUCCCCGCGGGGAAAGGGGGCGGCAUCGAGGAGUCGGACUCCCGGCGCCUGGAGGAGUGCGUGUCCAAGGACGUGGUCCUCUUCGAAUAAAAGCGGGACGAAAACCGCGUGGUGGAGCGCGCUUUUCCGCGCUUGCUGCGCGAGCGCUGCCCACCGUCGCAUUGGAGUGGAACUUUGCUUGCCA